AUGGCCUACCUAUUGGGCUGGAAAGAUAUCUUGAGACCAAUCCGUGACGGAUACCGCCAUCUGUUCCCCACACCCGAUACAGGACCAACGCCGGAAGAGAGACGCAAGCAGCGGGAACUGGACCGACUGAAGGGCUUCGCUUAUUUUGACACUUUUGAUCAAGUAGAAAAUUGGACAGAAGCCGAUUGCGACCCUCUCCAAAGAGCGAACACGCCUCUGUUACAGCGAAAAGACCGUGAUCCCAAUUACUAUGUCGGCACCGCUAGAACUCUGUUGAUUCAUGAUUACUCUGGCAACUAUCACGACUAUGAAAGCGUACACGCAGUCGGUGUAGAGAAAGAGUUUUACUCCUGUGAAUAUCUUCAGUUUGUCGAUACAUUCAUCUAUUUCUCGCACAAGCUAGCAUGCGUUCCACCGCCAACAUGGACGAAUACACUCCACCGUAAUGGCGUCGAAGCGCUAGGAACAAUGUUGAUCGAACCACAAACUGAAGGUUCUGAACGCUUGUUGGAGCACACGGUUGAUGAGGGAACAUUGAGUUUCCCUGUGGCGAACAAGCUAGCAUAUAUGGCCACCCACUUCGGCUUCGACGGCUGGUUGAUAAACAUCGAAAAGCCAUUUUCGAGUGGCACUUGGAAGGCCGAGAUACUUGAAGCAUUCCUACAGCAAUUAAAGGCAGAACUGGGAGAAUCAAAGAAGUUGAUAUGGUACGACGCUCUUACUACUUCGAACAAAAUAGCUUAUCAGAACACACUAAACUCGUCCAACUUUCAGUUUGCCGCAGCUUGUGGAAAUAUACUCACAAACUACUGCUGGAAAGAAGCCGAUGCGGAGAAGUCGCUACAGCUUGCCCUGGGCAAGGAGCUCCUGUCCCAGAGCAUCUUCUUCGGUAUCGAUGUAUGGGCACAGAACAAAUCUAGCUUUACCCAUCCACGUGUUACCUACCCCGAAUACGGUGGCGGUGGCACCAACACCGGAGUCGCCGUAGAUGAGCUUUCCAGGUUAGGACUCUCGGCAGGUAUAUUUGCGCCCGCAUGGUCAUAUGAGCACUUCCCAGACAACGAACGCGCUGUUGAACGUGCAGUGUGGGAGGGCACUCCAAUCACGAAAGAUGUGGAAUGCACUUGCGGGGAUUGUGAAUUGCGGCAUCGACCGAAUAAAGAUUUUGCCAUCAUCAGAACCGCAACGGAGUGGCCUGCUGGUUCGGAAUACUUUUUCUAUACCGACUUCAAUCGAGCUUUUGGGAUACAUGGAGAUGAAGAAAAGGAUAUAUUUGAUGCCCACAGUAGACAUGCGCAGUUGGGCAGUCAGUCCAUUCUCCCCCGCCCUAUCACACGGCAUUUUGAUAAUGAAGCUAUUGGGCUUUCUUAUCGUCUCUCAUCAAAUGCAAUCACUGCAUGCCUAGCGAUCGAGGCUACUCAGAAGCACCUUGCCGAUGACGGAAAUGGAGAGCUCUCGCUUCCUCUCUAUACUCUUGAUAUGCCAACAGACGCGUUCCUCCAAGUCGAGACAUAUACCCGAAGCCUCUUGCCGGAGAUGAGCAGUGUCCAUGUCAGUCUAUACCUAAAGACUUCCAAAACUGUCUGCCUCCUGCCAGUCGCCAAGGCGGCGUCUCUCCAAUGGAUGACCAACAGUCUGAAUUACCAGGAUCCCGAAGAGCGCAUCGAAGAGCUUGGGGUUUGCGUAAGAGGGUUACCAGUUGCCGAGGUAGGGUAUAUAACGCAAUUGUUGGAGAUUGCAGAGCUUCGCAUCUCACCCACGAGUCCAGAGCAACCACUGCAGUCCUACAGUAUUGUCCAAGUAAAAGUUGAGUGUCGCGGCGAAGGGGAGACCAGACACACCAGGCUAUGCUGGAACUAUCAGACUUGUCAUUAA